UGCACACGCACGCAACUUUAUUUAAGUUUAAAAGGCAGUGGCAGGACCUUCCACUAUUUUCUCAUUAAUGAACAAUCUUGUAGAUCAAAUUGUCCUCUUUGGUGAUUCCAUCACUCAGUUUAGCUUCAAUGCUGACCUACAUGGCUGGGGAGCGUACAUUGCGGAUGCAUACCAGCGAAAAUUCGAUGUCAUGAACAGAGGCUUUUCGGGGUAUAAUACCGACUGGGCAUUGCCUAUUCUGCGUCAACUUCUCCCAACGACCGAAGAUCAAAAGAAAAGUAAAAACCGGAUUAGUCUGAUCACGAUUUUCUUUGGUGCAAAUGAUGCGGCUCUCCCGUUUGCGUACCAACACGUACCAAUUACUCGAUACACUGAAAACUUAUCCGAGAUGUUCAACAUGAUCCAGAAUCCCAACUCUAUGUUCUACAACCCUGACACUAAAAUCAUUCUUAUAACGCAGCCUCCUGUGAAUGAAGUACAGUGGAAGAAGCGAUGUGAAGAUAAUGGAGAUCGUAUGAAUCGAACGGCUGAAGUUGCAAAAGCGUAUGCUGAGGCGGCUCGCGAGAUUGCAGGACAGCAUCAAAUCCCUGUGUGUGAUUUGUGGACAGAGCUGAUGCAGAUUGCAGGCGGAGAGGCUGUGGCUGUCAAUGGUAAAGAAGAGAUUGUAGAGGUAACUUCCAAGACCUGCUAUGCGGAAGAGAAGGAUUAUAAGCGUGAUCUUUCCGAGUUUCUGUUGGACGGACUCCAUUUAAAUUCUAACGGCAACAAGCUUCUUGCUCAAGUGCUUCUUAAAACCAUCGAAACCCACUACCCGGAGUUAGCGGCUGAAGCGGUUGAUUUACAUCUGCCAGCCUGGCGAGAUGUUCCUCAAACGAAUUAUGAGGAAACGCUGCAGUAUAAAACGUCCAAUUGACUAUCCGUCGAGGAAAAGUGGUUUAUGAAAUGCACUCUGUUGUAGCAUAGAAAUAAAACGAAGGGGAGUGAUAGGAGAUAUACUUAACAAUGUAAUUCAAAUGCAACAGGAGAUAUUUAUAUACCUACAAUUUUAAUACUAAGAGAAAUGUGAACGCAAUGUAAUUCGAGGAACUGUGCAUAUGCGUGUAGUG